GCUCAUCACAACGCAGCACAUACCUCAGGGGCUGCGGAACUCUCAGCGAAGCCGAAACACCCAAAAACCUUAUCACAAACGUACUCUUUAAUCCCUCUCUCCCUCUUCCUCUCCCUCUCCCUCUCCUCCUUAUCCAUAAACCCUGAACUUCUCUAACUCUAAACCCUUUUAUCUCCGAAUUUCCCUAUUCAAAUUUUGUGUUUGUUUCAGCGAUGGAGUCGAAGGAGGCGGCGUUGAAUCCCACCGCUGAAGUUAUACCAGGUUCAAACGCUUCAUCUCCAUCUCCAUCGAUUAUUAAUGAUGUUGUUUUGAGUAAAACAAUUGCUUCGAACGAAAAUAAUGACGAUAAAAGUAGAGAUAAUAGUACGGCGGUGGUCUCCGAGGAUGAGGACUAUGUGAGUGGUAAUGAAGAGUUCGAGGCGUCAAUAGAUAAGGCUGUAUUGAAUAAAAUUGAUGGUUCUGAUGUUCCGGGGAUGGUUGAGAAUGGCGGCGGUGGCGUCGAGGAAGGGGAUAAGGUUGUUGAAAGGGAUGGGGAUGUGGUGGGGAAGGAUUUUGGGGAUGGUGUAGGUGCAGAUGGUGGUAGUGGUAGGGAGACUGGGGUUGAGGGUAUUGAUGAUAUAGGUGAGCUUGCCGAUUCAGUCGGGGAAUUAGGCGUGAAUUCGGAUGGGGUUGCUGGUGAGGUUGUGGAUGGUGAGCGGGGAAAGGCGGUGGUUGAGGGAGUUGAGGCCGAUGGGGAGGGGGAGGCGGGAAAGGGGAGGGAGCCAGAGGUUAAAGAGGGGUGUGAGGUGGCUGUUGAGCAGGUAGAAUUGGAAUCCAUGCCUGAAGGGGAUUCUGUAGUUAAGACCAUUCAGGUUGAUGUUGCUGGCCCUGGAGUUGCUGUUGUUGGGGAGCCGGAAAGAAAUAAAGAUGUGUUGAUGAGUAAAAUUGAAGAGAAAGAGGUUGCUGAAGUAGAUGUGGUUGAUGAUGGUGAUGUUAGCCUCACAAAAAAGGAGGAUUCUGUAGUUGAUGAGAGCGAGGUUGAUGUGCCUUCCUCGGGGGCAUCUAUUGGGGUGAUAAAAGAAAACGGAGCCAAUUCUAAUGAACUAGAGCAAGAAGAAGUUGCUGAAGUGGCACUCACGGCUGAGGGGGAUGCUGUUGUUGAUACCAUCAAGGUUAAUGUGAAUGUGGUAGAUCCAGGAGUCGCUGUUGUUGGAGGGACGAAAGAGAUCGGAGAUGGGGAGGAGCUUCCCCUUGAAUCAGUCUGUAGUGCUACUGAAAAUGGUGAUGGUGUUGAGAAAGAUGUCGAUACUAGAGAAAUUGGAGUGGAUCUUCUGAAUUCAGAACAGGCAGCUGAGGAUACAGUUGGUAAUGAGAAGGACAAGACUUUAGAUGCUGGAGCUGUUGCCCAUUUGGAGAAUGGUUUUCAGACGCCCGAGGCCAGUACUGAUUCUUUUAGUAGCAGUAGUCAUCUGGAUAACUGCAAUUCAGCGAAGGUUCACAUCGAUGGGGAGGUCAAGAUUGCUCAUGAGAUGGUAGAGUCAGAUACCGGAAUUGUUCGAACAAAUGAUGCCCAAACUGGUGUUGAUGGGAUAUCUGAGGAAUUAGCACAAGUAGAAUCUAAUGAACCAAAAGCGGUAACUGAUGAUCUCAGAGAAAUUAGAGAGGUAGAGGAUGAAAUGGAUGUAGUGAACCAUGAAGAACCUAUGUCAUGUGAGGACACUGAUGGCAUGGUCUUUGGGAGCUCGGAAGCUGCCAAAAAGUUUAUUGAGGACUUGGAGCGAGAAUCUGGUGGGGAUUCUCAUACAGGUCUCGACAGUUCGCUUGAGCAGUCUCAGAGGAUUGACGGUCAAAUUGUGACUGAUUCAGAAGAAGAAGGCGAAACUGAUGACGAGGGAGAUGGUAAGGAAUUGUUUGAUUCUACUGCUCUGGCUGCUCUUUUGAAGGCUGCAACAGGUGCUGAUUCUGGUGGUGGAAAUAUCACUUUCACCUCUCAAGAAGGAUCUAAGCUGUUCUCCAUGGAGCGUCCUGCUGGGUUGGGAUCUUCCCUUCAGUCCUUGAGGCCUGCUCCCCGACAAAACCGUUCCAGCCUUUUUGGCAGUCUGGCUCCUGCUGGUGGAGGAGAAGUGGAGGAGAAUUUGAGUGAAGAGGAGAAGAAGAAACUGGAGAAAUUGCAGGAGAUCAGGGUGAAGUUUCUGAGGCUUGUUCAUAGAUUAGGCCUCACUCCAGAGGAGUCCGUGGCAGCUCAGGUUUUAUACCGGCUGGCACUUCUUGGUGGGAGGCAAGGCACUCACACUUUUAGCUUGGAUGCUGCUAAGAGGACUGCACUGCAGCUUGAAACGGGGGAGAAGGAUGAUCUGGACUUCUCCAUUAAUAUCUUAGUUCUUGGAAAGUCUGGAGUGGGGAAAAGUGCCACCAUAAAUUCAUUAUUUGGAGAAGAGAAGGCUCCAAUUGAUGCAUUUGAAACUGGGACAGCUUAUGUUAGAGAGAUGUCUGGGUCUGUUGAUGGAGUUGAAGUUCGCGUUGUUGAUACACCUGGUCUAAAAUCUUCCGUCAUGGAGCAGGGGAUCAACCGUAGCACCUUGUCCUCUAUAAAGAAGUUCACGAAGAAAAGCUCCCCCGAUGUUGUUCUUUAUGUGGAUCGAUUGGAUGCACAAUCUAGAGAUCUUAAUGAUUUACCAAUGCUUAAGACUGUUACUAGUACACUUGGCUCUGCCAUUUGGCGAAGUGCCAUAGUCACUCUUACCCAUGCUGCCUCUGCGCCCCCGGAUGGGCCUUCUGGCACCCCACUGAGCUACGAGGUGUUUGUCUCUCAAAGGUCUCAUGUUGUGCAGCAGUCGAUUGGCCAUGCUGUCGGAGACCUACGAAUGAUGAGCCCCAGUCUGAUGAAUCCCGUCUCUCUUGUCGAAAACCACCCCUCUUGCCGGAAGAACAGGGAUGGACAGAACAUUCUUCCUAAUGGUCAGAGUUGGAGGCCUCAGUUGCUGCUACUAUGCUACUCGAUGAAGAUUUUAUCCGAAGCCAGUGCAAUCUCGAAGCCUCAAGACCCAUUCGACCAUAGGAAGCUCUUUGGCUUCCGGUCACGCCCACCACCUCUCCCGUACAUGUUAUCAUCCAUGCUGCAGUCUCGUCAGCACCCCAAGCUUCCAUCUGAUCAGGGCGGUGACAGUGUCGAUUCUGAUAUUGAUUUGGAUGAUUUUUCGGAUUCAGAUCAGGAAGAGGAGGACGAGUACGACCAGCUUCCUCCAUUCCGGCCUCUGAGAAAAGCUCAGAUAGCCAAGCUGAGCAGGGAGCAAAAGAAGGCAUAUUUUGAAGAGUUUGAUUACCGGGUGAAGCUGCUUCAGAAAAAACAAUGGAGGGAGGAGUUGAAGAGAAUGAGAGAAACCAAGAAGAGAGGUAAAGAUGCUGCAGUGGAAUAUGGUUUUGCAGAGGAUGAUGCUGAAGGUGGAGCAGCAGCUCCUGUGGCAGUUCCCUUACCUGACAUGGCACUUCCCCCAUCUUUUGACGGUGAUAACCCUGCAUUCCGAUACCGGUUCUUGGAGCCCACUUCACAGUUCCUUGCAAGGCCAGUCUUGGACAGCCAUGGUUGGGACCAUGACUGUGGCUAUGACGGAGUCAACCUUGAACACAGCCUAGCCAUCGCGAAUCGCUUGGCAGCAGCAUACACUGUCCAAAUAACAAAAGACAAGAAGGACUUCAGCAUCAGUCUGGAUUCCUCCGUUGCAGCCAAGCUAGGAGAGAACACGUCGAGCAUGGCGGGCUUCGAUAUUCAGAGCAUAGGCAAGCAGCUAGCUUACAUCGUCCGUGCAGAAACCAAAACCAAGAGUCUGAAGAAGCACAAGGCAACUGGAGGAUUAUCCUUGACAUUCUUAGGCGAAAACAUGGUUCCGGGUGUGAAGAUAGAGGAUCAAAUUACGUUUGGGCAGCAGUACGCCCUUGUAGGCAGUGCUGGCGCUGUGCGGUCUCAGCAUGACACUGCCUACGGGGCUAACUUUGAGCUGCAGAGGAGGGAGCUGGACUACCCGAUUGGACAGGUUCAGUCGAAUCUCAGCAUGUCGAUCAUCAAAUGGAGAGGGGACUUGGCGCUAGGGCUUAACAGCCUGGUGCAGUUCUCCAUAGGGCGUAACUCGAAGGUUGCUGUUCGUGCUGGAAUCAACAACAAGCUUAGUGGUCAGAUCACGGUGAGGACGAGCAGCUCCGACCAUCUGUCACUGGCUCUUGCUGCUGUUAUUCCAGCAGCGCUUUCCAUCUACAAGAAGCUCUAUCCAGAGGUCUCCGGCGACAAGUACUCCAUCUAUUAGUUUUUCCUCAUUUGAUUUUUUGCUGCAUUUUGUAUUUCUUAUUCAGUUGAAUGUGCGAGACAAUAAUAGCCUCUUUCCGUUUUUGAAUAAUAAUUUUGCUGCUAUUUUAUUUGUGUA